AUCUGUAGGUUUUGCUCUGGAUGGUAAAUCUUCAGUGUCCUCUGAUUUAGGAUGUUCCUCGUUAGCAGAAGUUGUUCUCUCUGGUGUACUCUCAGGCUUGAUCCGUGCAGGGUCAGCCAUAAUCACUCAGUCCUUCUGGCUGGCCGACAGCUUGAGAUUCUGCAACAUUAACAAGCCAGUUGUUCAGUUAGUGACCGGCUUGGCUAACGUUAGCAGGCGUUAGAGAAGACUAUACGGAUUGUAGCCCAGGCGCCAUCUUGCUUUUGCCCAUCCACCUCCUCUCUCAAGCAGCUAGGGCGGGGGCGCUAGGUGUCGCGUGUGUCUGAAAGGUUUUGGAUUGGAGACGCCGAGAGAAAGGGCAGUUUCGAGGAAGUGACGGACGAAGCUCAGGGGACUGGUCAGAGGAAGUUUGCUCGAUGGUGGUACCGUGCUGCUGAACGAAACUUUUGCCCCUUGAGCGCCAGCGGCACCGUGGAUCGGGACGGACGAACCCAGCGGCGGAGGGGAGCUUUUGUUUCCUCGCCACCCGAGCAGUACUGAGGAGUAACUUGAGGUUUGGGAAGGGGAAAAAACAGGGGAUCGCAGAGGAAUUUCUCUCCCGCAGUAGCCAAGCCCCCCUUUUUUUUCUGCUCUUGCCCGCGCCUCCUCCGAUUUUCUUUCUGGGAUCCGCGAUGGGGAAGGAGCAGGAACUUCUUGAAGCGGCGCGGACGGGAAACCUGGCCGCAGUGGAGAAGCUUUUAUCCGGGAAGCGACAGUCCGCUGGCACCGGCAGCGGGUCAUCCGGGACCGGUGGAAGCGGCAACAGCGGCGGGCACGGCGCCUCCUCUCACCCGCUAUCCAGUCUGCUCAGUAUCUGGAGAGGCCCCAAUGUGAAUUGUGUGGACAGCACUGGAUACUCUCCUCUUCACCACGCUGCCCUUAAUGGACACAGCGAGGUGGUGGAGGUGCUGCUACGAAACGAGGCCUUGACCAACAUCGCUGACAACAAGGGCUGCUACCCUCUGCAUCUGGCUGCGUGGAAGGGAGAUGAACAUAUCGUCAAACUGCUCAUUCACCAAGGACCUUCACACCCCAAACUCAAUGAGCAGAGCUCUGUAAGCCAUAAAGAGUUCAAACGCUGUGGGCCCUUUGACCCCUAUAUUAAUGCCAAGAAUAAUGACAAUGAGACACCGCUGCACUGUGCCGCCCAGUAUGGCCACUCCCAGGUGGUGCGGCUGCUGCUGGAGGAGCUGACAGACCCCACCAUGAGGAACAACAAGUUUGAGACUCCACUGGACCUGGCUGCACUGUACGGCCGACUGGAGGUAGUCAAGCUGCUGCUCGUCGCCCACCCCAACCUGCUCAGCUGUAACACCAAGAAACACACUCCGCUGCAUCUGGCCUCUCGGAACGGACACCUCUCUGUGGUGGAGGUGCUGCUGGACGCUGGCAUGGACAUCAACUAUGAGACGGAAAAAGGCAGUGCCCUCCAUGAAGCAGCGUUGUUUGGGAAGACAGAUGUGGUACAGAAACUUCUCAGUGCAGGUAUCGACGUGAACAUCGUUGACCAGAAGGGCCUGACAGCGCUGGACACUGUCAAGGACAUGCCCUCCCAGAAGAGCAGAGCAAUAGCUGCUCUCAUCCUAGGUCACAUGACUGGAAAACCCCCUGACACUGACCUCCCCCCACCACCAAUCCCUCCGCCCCAGGAGAGUCCCAGCCCGCGGAAAAAGGGUGAUCUGGAGAAGGUGAGUGAGUUGAUCUCGGGGCUGGCCCCGGGGCCUGAGGAAGAGAGCCCGUACGAGGCUCUGUUUGAAGCCACCUCAUGCCACUCUCUGGACAGCCUCGCCAGCGGCAAGUCCUCUGACAGGGACUCUGGUCGGCCAGAUAGUGAAGCUGGAAAGAAAGAUCGCCUGGUCCACUCAUCACAUCCUGGCCCUGGUCAUGACGAAGAGGCCCUGUAUACUAAUAGCAGUAUUGACGAGAGAGGCAAGCCGGUGGAGGAGGAAGAGGAUCACACAUAUGAGUUGUUGCUGACUGCACAGACCAAAGUCCCACCGCCUAGCCAGGAGUCUCGGUCCAAUAAAGUCGAGAACACCACUAUUCAGUCUUCCAACAGUGUCCUACCUCAGCGUAAACCCACUGCCCCAAACGACCUCAGAGCCCCAAGCAAGACGAGAGACUCCCUGCAACCUCCUGGCCGGGUGGGCCCUCGGGCACCUGGAGAUAACUCGCAGAUCAGCCAGGAUCAGGGAGCAGGUGUGCCGGAGCAGUUCACUGGCCUUUUGCACGGAUCCUCCCCUGUCUUCGACUGCCGUGAGGAGCCCUUCAAACUUCCGGGUGUUCAGCCAUCCAGCCAGGGCCAACCAGACCCAAGAAAAAUUCCCAAAGUAAAAGCGGAAGUAGCAGCACCUUCACCGCCACCUGCACCUGCACCGCCACCUAGCCGUCCCAGUAUGGCUGCCAUCCUGACAGACUGCGAUCCAAAAGCAAUUUAUGCAACUGUGAACAAGGAGCCCAGAGACUCAGGGGCUGGGGCAGUGUCUGCCGUUAGGAUGCGCCCUCCUGGGGACCUGAAGCUGGCACGCAGCCUCUCAAAGUCUGACUCUGACUUGCUCGUGUCGCCUCCUAGUGAGGAGGAAGGAGGACUGGGAAACCGUAGCGAGUCUGUUUCUAACUGUAGCACUGACAAGAAGAGGCUUGAGAAAUCUCCCUCUUUCACCUCAGAAUGGGACGAGAUCGAGAAGAUCAUGACACUGAUUGGCGCUGGCAUUGAUUUUUCCCGAGAUCAGCAAUAUGCUACACCAGCAGGUGCUGCAGGCCGGCUGCUGGACCAGCCUGUGGGAGACUGGCUGGAGCACGUGGGGCUGCCGCAGUACGAGAGCAAACUACUCCUGAAUGGUUUUGAUGACCUGCACUACAUGGGGAGCAAUGUAAUGGAGGACCAGGACCUGAGAGAGAUUGGGAUCACAGACCCAAGUCACAGAAAGAAGAUUUUGCAUGCAGCACGUUCGUUACCCAAGGUGAAAGCGCUGGGCUGUGACGGCAGCAGCUCCCUGUCCUCUUGGCUGGAGAAUCUGGGCCUACAAGAGUACUUGCACAACUUCCUGGCCAGCGGCUACCGCUCUCUGGACUGUGUCAAAAACCUGUGGGAACUGGAGAUUGUCAAUGUGCUAAAGAUCUCCCUACUUGGACACAGGAAACGCAUCAUUGCUUCCUUAGCGGAGAGGCCCUAUGAGGAACCUCCAGUCAAGCCUCCUCGUUUGUCUCAGAUCAGGUGCCAAGACCUGCCAGGAUCCCAGACCUCGUCUCCCCUCAGUCAGAUAGAAUCCUACACGGGACGCUCAAUGGACCCUCUGCUGCCAGUGGGAGAGCCGGGGAGGAAAAAAGUGCCAGAUGCUGAUUAUGACGUUACCCAAAGAUAUCGUAGUGAACGACACAAAUCACAUGAACGGUAUGAAGAACGGCAUCGAGAGCCCCGUCUGACCCUGCGGCCGCCUAGUCUGGCAGCACCAUACGCCCCAGUCCAGAACUGGCAUCACCAACCUGAGAAACUCAUCUUUGAAUCCUGCGCCUACGAAGCCAAUUAUCUCGGUUCCAUGCUUAUUAAGGAUCUACGGGGUACUGAGUCAACGCAGGACGCCUGUGCCAAAAUGCGGAGGUCAACAGAACAAAUGAGAAAAGUCCCUUCCAUCGUCCUCUCGAUCACCUACAAGGGUGUGAAGUUCAUUGAUGCAGCCAAUAAGAACAUCAUCGCAGAGCAUGAGAUCCGAAAUAUUUCGUGUGCAGCCCAGGACCCAGAGGACUUGUGCACAUUUGCCUACAUCACCAAGGACCUGCAGACCAGCCACCACUACUGCCACGUGUUCAGCACAGUAGACGUGAACCUGACCUAUGAGAUUAUACUGACACUUGGCCAGGCGUUUGAGGUAGCCUACCAGCUGGCUCUCCAGGCCCAGAGGACCAAACAGCACCAGAACCUCCCAGUGGGAUCCGGUGCAGAGGUUGUUGAGACCAAGUCAAGUCGACCUGUACCCAAACCACGAGGCAGUGUAAGGAAGUCAGGGGGGGACACAGUGGAGCAGGAGGGGGAUUCUCAGUCCCAGGGCAGUGCCAUGUGGCUCGGGGACCCCAAGGAAUCCAAGCGCACUAUCAGUACUAACUGAACAAUGGUGGCCACUCCCCAGCCUGUAAGAAAGGACAGAAAUGAGCCCUGUUGCAUGGUGGGGUGAGAUAUUUUUGUAAGAAAAGUGACCCACUUCCCAUGCGGGAGAUCGCGCCACCAGUUUUGGAUCGUGCUCACCACAGUAACACACGGGCCUGGAGACAAACGGACGCAAAGCUUUGAGCACUGCAAGGCCCACCAGUUCUGACCUCACCGACUUCAUCACUCCACAUGCACACACCCGCCUCCAUUUAGCUUCCUGUCCUUCAGAAAGUGAUGGUUGUGCCAGUCAGAUGUAUUUAAUAUGCUUUAUGGGUUUCCUGUGGAAUGAAUUGUUGCCUGCUGACACCUAUCAGGCCUCCCUCACAGAGAGUUAGUGUUUACUCUUUCAGGGAAUGUACCUGCAAUGUUUCCAUGCAGAACUUGUAGUUAAAGGGGAAGUGGCUAAGAUAAGGAACUUUAUUGGGGGUUUUUUUUGUUGUUGUAAUACAAAGGUACAUCAGGCAGAGACCCUCACACUGUAGGUACACAUCCCUUACUGGAUUUUUCGUCCUGUAUCCACACAUUUUAGCUUCUCAUCUACAGCAUACAUAUAUAACUGUGAUAUACAAUGUAAUCUUGCACGGGAGGAACCAAACUCAAAGGGCAGAACUGACACUACAAAGACUGUUUUAUAAGAAUAAUAUAAGAUGGGGUGGCUCUUAUCUGAAAGUUUUCUCUCUUUUAUGUUGUCUGUUUUAAUUGUAGAACAGUUACAUGUCCUAAUGCUGGAACUGGAUCAGGUGUGGUUCACUGCAGUUCUCUCUCUCUCUUGCUCCCUCCCUGUUCCUUUGUUCAGUUAAUCAAGACAAGAUUAUUCACCAAACCUGCCAUGCAGGCUGGUAUGUAUUUAAAAUUCAACUGGAAAACAGAACAACAGGGCACAGCAUGUUUCUCUUAGCUAACUCCCAGUAUGUUGACUGUUAAUGGUACUGCUCGGUCAGCCAAUGUGUAUAUGAGUACAUAGUCAGGUUGUUUUGGUUUAACUGUUGUAUAUGUGGUACGUUGUCAGGCCAGUACGAUAACUCUAUGGUACACUGUCUUCAGCUCGCUGGCGUCGGCACCUUCAGCCAUCAGCCCGGUCCCGUUCUGCUUUUGCACAUUGCUAUGGAUCAGGAGAGAUAUUUUGGGACUAAUCUGAUGACAAUGAUGAGAAUGAUAUUGUACAUGAAUCUAGCUGUCUGUAUUUUGAUACUUGAAUGAUUUUUGCUUUUAUAUAUAUCUCUAUAUAUAUAUGUAUAUGUAUGUAUGUACGUAUGUAAUUUUUGACGUUGUCAAAAGAGAGAAAAGGACUAUGUCUUAUAAAGUUAAACAUAUCGUGAAUAAACACCCUGUGAUUUAAAAAAAAUAAAAUAAAAGGCUGAGAAAAUAAUGACUCAGAAGAGGACCUCACUUCAGAAAAAAAGAUUGUAAAUAAUCUUGGGCUUCCAGUCUUUUUUAUGAUUAUUUUUCAUAAUUGUACAACUAAUAAAUGGCGCAAUUAGA